AUGGAUUAUGCCUAUGGUCAUGCUGGCUCCACCCUGGCGCCGAGGAUGAGCAGCAUCAGCGAGGUGAAGCGCGGCGGCAUGGCCAUGUUCGGCAGGACCCGCAGCGAUGCCAUGCAGAACCUGGAGGCCACGGAGGGGCCCAUCGGCCGAAGCCUCGCGGAGGUGGAGCCGGAGGGUCAGGACGCUGGAGAGGCGGAGGAUCCGAAGCCCAAGUUUCAGGCGAACCUGGUGUGUGGCGUCUCGGCUUUAAUCUAA